UUAAAUAAAAAUCAACCUUAGGAAGGGUGAAUCAAAGGAAGUCGGAGUUAAGUUAGACUUGGGCUGUGGAAUGUUUAAUAGACUGAAAUAUAAGAAGAAAUUGAUAUCUGAAUGUAAUUAGAGGUUGUCCAGAAAAAGAAAAAAUUAAAAUUAAAAAAAGGGAAAGAUGGGAACAAGAGAAGUGUACGAAGAGAAACUAAGGAACGGGAAUUUACACCACGAUCCAACCAUUAAUCCUGGCCUCGGUUCUCCUCGCUGCCCUCGCUGUCUCUCUCUUCUAAUCCCUAAUUCUGUAUGUUUGUUUUCCUUUUCCUAUUUCUUUUUAUGCUUCUUUUUCAACCAUUAUUAUUCUCGACUCAAAUCUUUUUUUUUUUUUUUCGAAAUUCAGGAUAAAGGAGAAUGGACUAUUACCUCUGUUUUACACGACGCUACUGCUGUGGCUGGCUCUGGAAUUGGUGGAAUGCUUAGUGCUGUUCAUGGAUUCAAUACAGGUAUCCCAUUCCUUCAAAAUCGUCUCAAGGGACCUAAAUGGCUGUCUCUCCUAGUCGGGCUUCCUCCCUUGCUAGCGGUUUCAGGUGCUAGUGCCGCAUUUGGAGGUUAUGCACUUCCAAAGUUUGCUCAACUCACUGUAACAUCCUACUAUGCUGCCUCAAGUGCCUCACAUUAUGGGAUUUCACUGCUCACCCGACACAUUGAAGAGUCCCAUACAUCUCGGGUUCAGCAAGAAAGGCACAGAUGAAUUUUUUCAGGUGGCAUGUUUUGAUGGCCUACAAAAUCAUCAAAUUUUGGAAGAUUAGUAUGGUAACUAUCUUUUCCACAAGUUGGUCGAGCUGUUCUUAGCAAAUGUAUGCAGUGAUCUGGAAUGGCUACUAGGAGUGGAUAUUUGCUACAGCAUUAGCUUCAUCCUUAUUCUCAUGCAGUAGAUAUAUGUACUCAGAAGGGUGUGAAAUUCGAGCUGAUUGCCUUGACCCACAGGGUGGUUCUAGUCUCUGGUUAGAAUCUUCAUCGAGUCCGACAUAAUUGGUGGGUAGUCCUUAAUUGGUAGGCACAAAAACCGUUAGCAGUUGAUGCAUAGUUCUACAGGAUUGCACGGUUAGCAGCAGCGGUAGGUGGUUCUGGGCUAAAAUAAAACUUAUUUAAUUGCCGCAGUGAGUGUUAUGGUAAUUGGGCAGAAAGGAUCCAGUGAGUUGUCUUGGCCUAGUUGCCUCUGUAAACUUGGAAGUCUUGAGUUGCAGAAUUGAAAUACAGCUGGUCACAUUACUUGAGGCUGUAGGAUCUUUUGUCUAUUUGUUUGUUUUUUAAUAUUGUCAUAUUUAGGGUACAGCAGCUAUAGUGUAUAAUUUGAUAGAAAUUGUAAGGUAAAUGUCCAAAUUCAACAAAUACUUUUUUAGAAUAUAUAUAUUUUAAAUAAUUGAAUAAGAAAGAAUCAAUAAUAAUCUUGUACUUUGUAAA